UAGCCGUUAGUAAACAAUGGUUGAAGCCGUUGACCUCCGUUUCAUCUUCGUCUCCCUCCUCGUAUGGAUCUUCUCAGCUUUCUUCCUUAUUCCCUUCUUCUUCAAGAAAUCCGAAAGAUCAAACGUUCGUCUUCCUCCGAGCCCUCCGGCCCUACCCAUCAUCGGCCACCUCCACCUUCUCCUCUCGUUUCCGUUGUUCCAACCCCUUCAAAGGCUUACCUCCAAAUACGGUCCUCUCCUCCGUCUUCAAGUCUUCGGCUUCUCCAUAAUCGUCGUGUCGUCGGCCUCAGUGGCCUACGAGAUCUACAGGACGCAGGACGCGAACUUCUCGUUCCGUCAUAACGAAGUCAUCGAGGAUUCGAUCAUAUUCAGCAGUUACGGCUUCAUGACGACGACUCACAGCGAUUACUAUAAGUUCAUGAGGAAGCUCCUCGUCACCAAGUUGCUCGGGCCGCAGCAUCUGGAGAGAUCACGUCUUGUCCGGGGCGAAGAGCUGGAGAGAUUCUACGUUAAUCUGUUGGAGAAGGCGAGGAGGAAGGAGGGUAUUGAGAUGCAUAAGGAGAUAAUGAAGCUAACGAACAAUACCAUAUGCCGAAUGAUAAUAGGGAGGAAAUGGUCCGAGGAGAGCGGUGAAGCGAACGAGAUCCAGGACUUGGUUAUGAAGUCGAACGGCGUAUUGAGGAAGAUACUGAUAGCGAACGGACUCCGUUCCUUCAAGAGACUCGGGGCCAAGUCUUGGUUCGAGAAGGAGGCGAGGCACAUCUCUCAUAGAUACGAUAUGUUUCUCGAGAAGAUUCUCGUGGAACACGAAAAGAAUCCGAACGAAGAGCAGAAAGACAUCACGGAUUUGCUAUUGGAGGCUUAUCACGAUGAAAACGCCGAGUUCAAGCUCACAAGGAACCAUAUAAAGGCGUUUCUAGUGGAACUGUUCCUUGCAGGAACCGACACCUCAGCAGUAGCAACUCAAUGGACAAUGGCGGAACUCAUUAACCAUCCAAACAUCCUUGACAAGUUGAGAAAAGAAAUCGAGGGCGUUGUCGGGAAAAACAGGACGAUCCAAGAGACAGAUCUUCCCAACCUCCCUUACUUGCGAGCAGUUGUGAAGGAAGGGCUAAGACUACACCCGCCCGGAGCUCUCCUGCCAAGAACGUCGAAAGAACGUUGCAAGGUCCGAGGAUUUGACGUGUUUGAAAGAACGGCGUUUCUCGUCAACACUUACGCGAUAAUGAGAGAUCCGGAUUCAUGGGAAGAUCCCGACGAGUUUCGGCCCGAGAGAUUCUUGGUCUCCUCUUCCUCUACCGUGGAAGAGAAAGAAGAUAUCAAGGAGCAAGCUUUGAAGUACGUUCCAUUCGGAGGAGGAAGACGGAUUUGCCCGGGAAUAAACUUGGCUUAUCUGUCGAUGGGGAUGGUGAUCGGGACGAUGGUUCAUCAUUUCGAUUGGGAGAUCAUUGGAGACAAGGUUGACAUGGAAGAAACCGGUUUGUUCAACUUGACCAUGGCUCAUCCACUCGAGUGUACUCCUGUUGUUCGGUUCAACCGGUUCACUUCUAUCCCCUAAACCAUAAAUCCUAAAACCGGUAUUCGAAUAUGGGCAUCUUGUUUCCAACAAUUUCUGCCCAAUUAAAUAAGUCGUGACUGUGAUACAAAGCUCUUUACCAUCCACUGUGUAUCUUCUAUUGCUUCAAAAAUCCAGACUUGUAAUAAAGAUCUCCGUUUUUUUUUUU